AUGUCGACCCUGGCCCCGUUGACGAGUAGUUACACCGUCAUUGAAUUCCAACCGCUCACGACCGAGUGGUCUAUUCCAGAUGCCUGUACGACUGACUACGUCGCCUCCGCCGGCAGCGGCUGGUCGACCAUGUCGGUCUUUUGGCCGCAGUACGGCCAAUAUGUCGAUUCCAGCCUGCAAUGUCUCCCGUCUGCCGCGACAACGUCGGCUUCUUCGUCGCUGAAUCUGGACUCGUCGACUGUGACCUCUCUGGGCCCCUUCGUGUGUCCCUCUGGCUGGACUAUAGCCACGACCCAGGAGUCACAAUUAGGGUCGCUGACUAUGACCAUGUGUUGUCCUUCGAAUUGGGGCAAGAACUUGAACGGCGGAGACCCAACAGUGCCUGGAAAAUGCCACUCAAUCAUGAAGACCUCAGAAUUGACCUACGCCGUGAAACCGACUGACUCCGCCUCCUUGUCGUACCCCUGGCCCAUGACCACUCGAAAGGACAUCAAAGCCAACAUCAUCAUCCAGGGAUACCCAGUCUGGGGCUACAAUCAGGGCAGCGCGCCGGCAUCUUCAGGACUGAGCACCGGGGCCAAAGCGGGGAUCGGUGUGGGUGUCGCGGUGGGUGCGUUAAUUCUACUUGCGCUUUUGGCCUUCUGGUUCCUUCGGCACCGCAAGAGAAAGCAGGCUGCGGCGGAGGUACCCCUGAUCGAGGUCGAUCCUGGGGUUGCCACUGCGUCGGAGUUGGAGUCCAAGCACAAUAGCAAACUGCCCGCGGAGGCGGAUAGUCGUGCUGGCGACGUAGAACUGGAGCAGAAGACAAAACUUGCGCCGUAUGAGGCAGCAGAGCUGCAGGCUGGAGAGAACCGGAUUGAGAUGGAAGGGACAAUCGGUCGGCCUCCUAUGGAACUUGGGACGAACGAGCCUCGAUUUGAGCUGGAAGGGUCGUCAAUCCAAGGAGAGGAGCCAGUGCAGGAAGCGAUGCAAGCAGAUCCAGUGCAGACAGAGCAGGUCCAGGCAGAGCCAGAGAGGGCGAGCAAGUGA